AUGACAAACAAGCUCCUGUGGAAUUGUGGGUAGAUACUGGACUUAUAAAAGAAAGGAUUCCUAAACACCUCUUUGCUUAGUCUUUUCUCCUCAUUUUGCCUAGUGCACGCAACACUCACGCACUAGGACCGUGCGGAAUCCGGGCCGCUAUGGCGCCUCUGCUCACUGCCAAAAUCCAGUUGCUGCUCCUGCAGGCGAUGGGCUUUCUUAUUGGCCUAGUAGGCCAAGCAGCUCGAGCCUUUGGCGGCCCCAAGUUUGACUCAAUGACCACACGGCCUGUGACUGAACCAUUACUCCUGCUUUCGGGGGUGCAGCUGGCCAAGCUGAUCCGACAGAGGAAGGUGAAAUGCAUAGAUGUUAUUCAGGCUUAUAUCAACAGAAUCAUUGAUGUGAACCCAAUGAUCAAUGGAAUUGUCAAGUACAGGUUUGAGGAAGCUAAGAAGGAGGCUUAUGCUGUAGAUAUAAAGCUUGCAGAGAAGCAGGAAGAUGAUGCCACACUGGAAAAGAAAUGGCCCUUCCUUGGGGUUCCUUUGACAGUCAAAGAAGCUUUCCAGCUACAAGGAAUGCCUAACUCUUCUGGCCUUGUGAAUCGUCGUAAUACCAUUUCCCAAACAGAUGCCACUGUAGUGGCAUUACUGAAGGAAGCCGGUGCCAUUCCCCUUGGCAUAACCAACUGUAGUGAGCUGUGCAUGUGGUAUGAAUCCAGUAACAAGAUCUAUGGCCGAUCCAACAACCCAUAUGAUUUGCGGCAUAUUGUAGGUGGAAGUUCUGGUGGUGAGGGCUGUACCCUUGCAGCUGCCUGCUCAGUGAUUGGUGUGGGCUCUGAUAUUGGUGGCAGCAUUAGGAUGCCUGCAUUCUUCAAUGGCAUAUUUGGACACAAACCUUCGCCAGGUGUGGUCCCCAACAAGGGUCAGUUUCCUGUGGCCAGGGGAGCCCAGGAGCUCUUUCAGUGCACAGGCCCAAUGUGUCGCUAUGCUGAAGACCUGGCCCCCAUGCUGAGGGUCAUGGCAGGACCUGGCAUCCAAAAGUUAAAACUAGAUGAAAAGGUAUAUUUAAAGGACUUGAAAUUUUACUGGAUGGAACAUGAUGGUGGUUCAAUUUUAAUGUCCAAAGUGGACGAAGAUCUCAUUCUGGCUCAGAAAAAGGUUGUGACUCAUUUGGAAACUAUGCUGGGAGCCUCAGUUCAGCAUGUUAAACUGAGGCAAAUGAAGUAUUCUUUUCAGAUAUGGGUCACCAUGAUGUCGACAAAGGCACAUGAUGGGAAGGAGCCUUUGAAAUUUGUGGAUCUGCUUAGUGACCAUGGGAAGCCUAUCAGCCCUGUGUGGGAAUUUAUCAAGUGGUGCCUGGGACGAUCAAAGCACACCAUCCCUGCCAUUGGACUGGCCUUCUUGGAAGAAAAGCUCAAAUAUAACAAUGAGAAAUUCAAAAAGUUUAAGGCAAUUGAAGAAAGCCUGCAUAAAGAGUUGGUGGAGAUGCUAGGUGACGAUGGCGUCUUCUUAUAUCCCUCCCAUCCCACAGUGGCUCCCCAGCAUCAUGUUCCUCUGACAAGGCCUUUCAACUUUGCUUAUACAGGUAUCUUCAAUGCCCUGGGUUUGCCUGUAACCCAGUGCCCACUGGGUCUGAAUGACAAAGGACUUCCUCUAGGUAUUCAGGUUGUUGCUGGACCCUUCAAUGAUCACCUGACCCUGGCUGUGGCCCAGUACUUGGAGAAAAGUUUUGGGGGUUGGGUCUGUCCUGGAAAGUUUUAGUAAGACCUUCUCAAGGUGUAUGUGUAUGUGUGUGUGUGUGUGUCUUUCUGUAGGUUGGGUGAGAUCAAGCACCAGCAGGCAAGUAGAGUAAAAACAACCGCAGAAUUGUUAACUUGUUCAGUUAUGGUUUCCAGUCUUCUUUCCUUUACUAACUGAUCACUUUAAUAAAAUGGUAAUAUUUAAUUCCUCCCAUCAGUGUACUGAAGAAGACGGUCAUGUAAAUGAAUUAAGUGCAAUAAAGUUUUCUGUAUGCUG